AUGAAGACUCUUACCACGCUGCUGGCCACUGUCGGCCUCGUCGCGGCCCAUGGCUACGUCGAUAACGCCACCAUUGGUGGCCAGUUCUACCAGUUCUACCAGCCCUACAUGGACCCAUACAUGGGCAACAACAAGCCCGCCCGGAUUUCGCGCUCCAUCCCCGGCAACGGCCCCGUCGAGGACGUCACGUCCUCCGCCGUGACGUGCAAUGCCGGCGCCGAGCCCGCCCCGCUGCACGCCAUUGCCGCCGCGGGCUCAACCGUCACUCUCCGCUGGACCCUCUGGCCGGACUCGCACGUCGGCCCCGUCAUCACCUACAUGGCUCGCUGCCCUGACACGGGCUGCCAGAACUGGAACCCCGGCAAUUCCGCUGUCUGGUUCAAGAUCAAGGAGGGCGGCCGAGAGGGCACUUCCAAUACCUGGGCAGCCACCCCCCUCAUGAAGGCGCCCACCUCCUACACCUACACCAUCCCGUCCUGCCUCAAGAAGGGCUUCUACCUCGUCCGCCACGAGAUCAUCGCCCUGCACGCGGCCUGGCAGUACCCCGGCGCCCAGUUCUACCCUGGCUGCCACCAGCUGAACGUCACGGGCAGCGGCUCGACGGUGCCCGGCUCGCUGGUUGCCUUCCCUGGCGAGUACAAGGGCACGGAUGCCGGUAUCACGUACGAUGCGUACAAGGGUGAGUUGCUCAACCCGAGCUUGACUAUGACGGUUCUUGAUAUGUCGUUUUGGUAA